AUGGUGAAGGCUCUGGAGCCUGCCCACGAGGAACGAUCACCAUUAAUCAGCCGCAACUACAAGGGUGAUGUGAGCAUGUCGGAAAUUGACUACUUUAUGCCGCUCUUAAUGCAAAAGGAAGAAGAAAGUGCCCUUACACCGCUUUUGUCCCGAGGAAAGGUUCACUUCCUUUGGAUCAAGCAUAGCAACCUCUAUUUGGUGGCCCUCACUAUGAAGAAUGCCAAUGCCUCACUCGUAUAUUCUUUUCUCUACAAAGUGGUUGAGGUCUUUUCGGAAUACUUCAAAGAACUGGAGGAAGAGAGCAUCCGUGACAAUUUUGUCAUUGUAUAUGAACUACUGGAUGAGCUGAUGGACUUUGGGUUUCCCCAGACAACAGAUAGUAAAAUUUUGCAGGAGUACAUCACGCAGCAAGGCAACAAGCUAGACACAGGUAAAUCUCGUGUUCCAGCCACUGUCACCAACGCUGUCUCCUGGAGAUCAGAGGGCUUAAAAUACAAGAAGAAUGAAGUCUUCAUUGAUGUCAUUGAAUCUGUCAACCUCCUGGUUAAUGCCAAUGGAAGUGUCCUACUGAGUGAGAUUGUGGGUUCCAUCAAGCUGAAAGUCUUCCUCUCGGGCAUGCCAGAGUUGCGCUUGGGACUCAACGACAGGGUGCUCUUUGAACUCACAGGACGUGGAAAAAAUAAAUCGGUGGAACUGGAGGAUGUCAAGUUUCACCAGUGUGUGAGACUGUCACGUUUUGACAACGAUCGCACCAUUUCCUUCAUUCCCCCUGAUGGAGACUUUGAACUUAUGUCUUAUCGACUGAACACCCAGGUGAAGCCUCUUAUCUGGAUAGAGUCCGUCAUUGAGAAGUUCUCUCACAGUCGAGUGGAGAUCAUGGUUAAGGCAAAGGGACAGUUCAAGAAGCAGUCAGUGGCUAAUGGAGUGCAGAUCUGUAUUCCUGUCCCAAGUGACGCUGACUCACCCAAGUUCAAGACCAGCAUCGGCAAUGCAAAAUACCUGCCUGAAAAGGACGUUGUCAUCUGGAGCAUCAAAUCUUUCCCGGGUGGCAAGGAGUACUUGAUGCGAGCCCACUUUGGGCUGCCCAGUGUUGAGAAUGAGGAGCUGGAGGGCCGGCCUCCCAUCUCGGUCCAGUUUGAGAUCCCCUACUUCACAGUCUCUGGGAUUCAGGUCCGGUACAUGAAGAUAAUUGAAAAGAGCGGGUACCAAGCUCUGCCGUGGGUCCGUUACAUCACCCAGAGCGGGGAUUACCAGCUCCGGACACAUUAGUCUUGUGACCCUGCAGAGUCAGAAUCCUGCCUUAUCAAGACUGAAGGGAUCUGGGUGCUUAGGGAAUCAUGUUAGGGAUGCUUUUAGGGAUGCUUUUAAUCUCGACUCUUUCUGAAGCUCUGUGUGUCUAUGUCUGUGUAUAUUUGUGUGUAUGCAUCCUUAUUUUAGAAUGCCACCCUGUUGACAUUCAACCCAACUUGAUCUGGACUACUCAGACCAAUGACUGAAGUUGUGGCCCAUACUUGUUGCCUGAGGUGACGUUUGUACUGCUCCCAGUCCUGAACGUUGAUGAAGUUGUCACUGGUGAAAUGUCAGUACGCUUGCAUCUUGCAAGAGCUCCUCAACAAGGCAGCCUUCCAGACUCCACUCAAAACGUCUCUCCUCUUGAGGGAUUCCAUAGAGUGAGGGUCGGAUGGCUCCAUGUGGAGCAUGCUGGAAGAGAGGCACCACUUAUAAUUGUAUGGGUACUGGAACUACAGGCUAGGUUGGGCACAGCUUGGGCACAAGGUUUCUGGGUAGUUUAGAUCAAGCCCUCAUUCCCCCCCUCCGUUCCUGAUUUGUAAAGUGAGAACAGCAGCUGACUACCUCUUGUUAUAAAGAUGACUCACAAAGGUUACUACUUCCCUGUGCCUUUGGACCACAAUGAACUAUAUAUAUAUA